AAUUCACUUCAAUACAAUGGAGCAACAAGUGAUUAAUAUAUUGGCCUAUGUCUUUUAUUAAAAGUUUUCUGAUGCAAAAAACAGUCGCUAAAAAAUCUUGUUCAGUAUCAAGUCCAUAAUGUAUUAUUGAAAACGGAAAUUACGGUAACGAUUAUCAGACAAUGGACUCAUAUGCAGAUCAUACCGAUGAGCUUGAUAAAGAAUGGGAAGAUUUCUCAAAAUUGUUAGAAAAGAAGAAACGAAAUAGUGCUCAAGGAUUUUAUCCAUGUCCACCACCCGAAGAUGGAGAAGAUUACGUUCAGACCAUUAUGUAUGGACGAUACAGUAAACAACUAGGAGAAUUAGCAAAAUUAGAAAGCCUGAAGGCAGCUGAAAGGAAGAGAUUAAAAGCAGAAAAAAAUCGUAAAAGUGAUUUUAGAGGUUAUCAAGGGAAAUUUGCGAAAUGUGUAUCGUUCUUAUGGCAACAUUCAUUUGCUCGUUUAGGAGAAGAUUGGGUAUUCUUGACUCUAUUGGGUAUUAUCAUGGCAGUUUUAAGUUUUAUAAUGGAUACUGGGAUAUCUGUGUGUGAUAACGCUAGAUUGUGGUUAUUUAAAGAUCUCACAAAUCAUCCAGCAACUCAAUAUGCAGCAUGGAUUUCUCUUCCAGUUUGUCUAAUUUUAUUUAGCACAGGAUUUGUUCAAGUAAUUGCUCCACAAUCAAUCGGAUCUGGUAUCCCAGAAAUGAAAACCAUUCUUCGGGGUGUAGCGUUAAAAGAAUAUUUAACAUUUCGAACAUUGGUAGCAAAAAUAGUUGGAUUAACAGCAACACUAGGAAGCGGUAUGAUCCUUGGUAAAGAAGGUCCUUUUGUACAUAUUGCCAGUAUUAUAGCAACUUUAUUAAGUAAAUUAGUAACGGGUUUUCAAGGAAUAUAUGAAAAUGAAAAUAGGACCACUGAAAUGUUGGCUGCAGCGUGUGCUGUAGGAGUGGCUAGUUGUUUUGCAGCGCCAGUUGGAGGUGUACUAUUCAGCAUUGAAGUAACCACCACAUACUUUGCCGUCCGUAAUUAUUGGCGAGGAUUUUUUACUGCCGUUUGCGGUGCUACAACAUUCCGUUUGUUGGCAGUAUGGUUUCAAAAAGCUGAAACAGUACGAGCCGUUUUUAGAACGAACUACCAUAUGGACUUUCCGUUCGAUCCACAAGAAUUGUUUGUAUUCGCGUUAAUGGGUGUUUUGUGUGGCCUAGGAGGUGCUUUCUAUGUAUGGAUGCAUCGACAGUACGUGUUAUUUAUGAGAAAUAGUAAAAUCAUAAACAAUUUCUUAAAAAGAAGUCGAUUUUUGUACCCAGCUAUUGUAGCGCUAUUGGUAUCAACGAUUACUUUCCCUCUGGGCACAGGGCAAUUUAUAGCAGGGGAUUUGAAUGUCCAUGGGCAAGUUGCAUCAUUGUUUAGCAAUUUCACAUGGACUGAUCAUAAUGUGAGCGUAGCGCACGAUGCAAUAAUAAGUCAUUGGAGAACUGAAUGGACUGGAGUUUAUAUCAAUUUAACAUGUUACUUGAUAUUCACAUUUCUGUUUUCAAUCAUUUGUUCAACAGUUCCAGUUCCAAGCGGUAGUUUCAUCCCUGUUUUUAAAAUUGGGGCCGCGUUUGGUAGAAUAGUAGGAGAGUUAAUGCAUAUGUGGUUUCCAACAGGUAUGCGUUAUGGUGGAAAAACUUCAAAGAUCAUUCCAGGAGGUUAUGCUACAGUUGGUGCUGCAGCUUUUAGUGGAUCAGUAACGCAUACAAUUUCUGUAUCUGUUAUAGUUUUUGAAAUGACAGGUCAAAUUACUCACAUCAUUCCAAUGAUGAUUGCUGUAUUGAUAUCCAAUGCUGUUGCCAGCCUUCUUUAUCCCAGUAUUUACGAUAGUAUAAUUUUAAUAAAAAAGCUGCCAUAUCUGCCUGACCUUUUGCCAAACAGUAGUGGUAUGUACAACGUAUAUGUAGAAAAUUUUAUGGUACGAGAUGUAAAAUAUAUCUUCUAUGGAAUGACCUAUCAACAAUUAAAAGUAUUACUAAAAGAGAAUAGACAAAGAAAAAGUUUUCCGCUAGUGGACAGCCCAGAAAAUAUGGUCCUUUUAGGAUCGAUCCAGCGAAUGGCUUUGAUUCAAAUUAUAGAAAAACAUAUAGGAAAAGAAAGACGACUGCAGGUCGCAGCUAUAAGACAAAGAGAAGCAAAAGAAAGAGAAGAGCAGUUCUUAGCAGAAGAGAGAAAUAGACGAAGACCAUCAAGAUUUCACGUAGUUCCAGCUCCAGAUUUACUGAAUAGACAAAUUUCCGAAACCCAUUUGGAUCAACCAACUUAUAAUCCAGUUAUAGGAUCUCAACCAAAAAAAUCCAUCCUCAAAAAAACGAAUUCAUUUACAUUGAAAGGAUUCACACCGUUUUUAUCUACUAGUCCAGGAAAUACGCCCUAUACAACUGUCACGGGAGCAGAAAGUCGAAUUCGUUCAGCUUUUGAAGCUAUCUUCAGGAAAUCCGCUCAACUUCAAGAUGUGGACAAUAACGCAAACGAAGAUGUUCAUACUACGCCACCAAGUCCAACUAUGUCUAAAAAAGUACAGCUGCCAAUUGAAAGAGUGUGCGACAUGAGUCCAGAAGACCAAAUCAAGUGGGAAGAAGAACAAAUGCAAUUGCCAGUGGAAUUCACUUUGUGUCAUAUUGACCCGGCUCCUUUUCAAUUAGUUGAAAGAACUUCGUUGUUAAAAGUUCAUUCACUUUUCUCCUUGGUUGGUGUUAACCAUGCUUUCGUUACCGCUAUUGGUAAAUUGGUUGGAGUAGUAGGUUUAAAGGAAUUGAGGAAAGCAAUUGAAGAUGCCAAUAGUGGAAACAAUCCAACGAAUUCUGAAAGUAUUGUAAAUUUAAGCAAUGAUAAAAUUACUACCAGUGUUAUUAAAGAUUCUCUAGAGAAUAUUCGUGAUUCUAUAAAAGACUCAAAAGUAUGAACUUGUACGUAUUUUAAACAGGAAACUUUUGAAAAAUAAUACAAAUGCAUACUCUGAAUAUCUAUUAACUAAAUGUUAUUUAGAAGCAUACAAAUAUAUUUUGACGGGCUGCAAAUCGCCAUAUGUUCAAAAUAACUUAUUUGUAAUCAUCUUUUAAGAUUUUCAGAUCUAGGUAACUUGAACAAUACCUAUUUUAUAUUGUUAUGAGGAAAUAAAGAAAUAAAUUCUUA